GUUUGCCUGCGACUUUUGCAACACUGACAAAACGCCGGUAAACUCGUGUGGCUUUCAUUUGUUUUGAUUUUUCGGUUACAUAUUAUUAGCCGGAUUUCAAAAUGCAGUUUUCCCUGAAUUACACAAGAAGCUUGGUGCCCCGGCUGCACCGUUUCACCAGCAAGAUUGCCGUGGACGUGGAGCCAGCGGUGAUCUCUGGACUGGAACAGGCCACCCUGAAACCCAGGAAACAUCCGGGCGUAUUGAGGCCCAAUCAUGUGGAGCUGCCCAAACAACUGAGUGAUACUCUUAAGCGCAUUGUGGGUGAUCAUCCCAUAAAGAAACUAAUCCAUGACGGGCAGCAGCUCAACGCCUACAUCAAAUCCCGCCAUCCGCCGCCCACGCAGGAGGAGGUCGAGAACAAGAAGAGGAUCAUCAUUGAGGAGGUCAACUCGAAGAUGCCGCUGGAUCGCUUGGCCACGCUGGACGAGGAGGAGGCGGAGCGCUGGAGGCGCAAGCGUGAACAGGAGAUCAACAAGCGGCUCGGUCAGCGCGUCUACGCCUGGAAGCGAAUCGAGUACGGUCCAUACGAGUCUAUCGUCUAUGCCAUAGCUCGCGGUGCCCAGGAGUACGCAGUGAUGAAGCGCAUCCUCACCGAGCUGGCCCAGCGGGAUGAGCAGUUCCGGCCGCGCAGCUUCUUUGAUUUUGGCUCCGGCAUCGGCACUGGCAUGUGGGUGGCCAGUGAACUUUGGCGAGACCACAUCUUCGAGUACUACAACGUGGACAGGUCCAGGGAGAUGAACGAGAUCUCUGAGCUCAUUCUGCGGGAUGGCCACGAGAACAAGCAGGUAUCGCUGCGCAAUGUGUUCUAUCGACAGUUCCUGCCUGCCAUCGAAACCAAUUACGACCUGGUUAUUAUAUCUCACACACUUUUUGAGUUGGUUGACAAGGAGCAGCGGGAGGACGUUUUGCGAAAUCUGUGGCGCAAGUGCGAUGGCUACAUGGUCAUAGUGGAGGAGGGAACGCGUCGGGGCAGCGAGCUGGUCAACGAGGCCAGGACAUUUUUGUUGCAGCAGGAUCAAGAAGGUCACACCGUGGCACCGUGCCCUCAUGAUGUGGUCUGUCCCCGUCUUCGAGAUCUGGCGGAUCGCACGCCCUGCAACUUCCCAGUAUCCUUUGCUCCCCUGCGCUUGGGCAGCGACUCCUUGGCGGACCGCCACACCUCCCUGUACAGCUAUGCCAUCCUAAAGAAGGGUCCCCAAACCGAUAGCUCCAGUUCCUGGCCGCGGAUUGUGCGUCCCACCUUGGUGAGGUCAAAGCAUGCCAUCUGCCGGGUCUGCACGGAGGAGGGUAACCUACAAGAGGUCAUCUUUACAAAGUCCAAGCACGGAAAAUCUGCUUAUUCUUGUGCUAAGGUCAGUCGCUGGGGCGAUCGCUUGCCCAUGUCGUUGGGACAGCCGCAGGUCAAUCCCAAUCCAAAUCCAUCCAGCUCCACAGAAUCAUCCACCGCAGAACAACCCGUCUUGGCGUAGCUUUAGCUGUUAAAUCAAUAACUUAGGCAUAAAGUCGCGCCCUGCGGCUAAUUGAUACUAAAAACUGGCAUCCAAUUAGUCGAUUUAAUUAUGUGCAAACAAAUCGUUGCGGGCGGAGCUGAAAUUAAUUAAAUAGUUGCAUUUAAAUUAA